AAUGCUCAAACAUCUUUAUGACACAGAUUGUGUCACUUGGUCACCAUAAGGCAAAUUAUUUUAAGUCGAAUAUGCUAUGGAAGCUGUCAAAUAAGGAAGUAUAUGUUUGGGUCUCAAAUCAAAUGAAAAUGUUGUAUUAUGCAGUCUCAAAAGACAACCAUCAGAAUUAGCUGGAUAUUAAGAGAAAUAAUUUAAAAUAGAUGAUCAUAUGGCUAUUGCUAUUGCUGGAUUAACAGCAGAUGCACGUAUUAAAUCAGAUAUAUAAAUACAGGUGUACUAUGCAAAUAUAUGAGAACAGAAUGCUUAGAAUAUAAAUAUACUUAUGAAUCUCAUCAUCCAGUUGGAAGAUUAGUUUUCAAAGUAGCUGAAAGUAUGAUUUUUAUAAGAAAUUAAAGAGUCUUAACAUAAAACCUAAAGUGGGGCCAAAAGACCUUAUGGUGUUGGAUUACUUGUUGCUGGUAUUGAUCCUAAUGGUGUUCAUUUAUUUGAAACUUGUCCAUCUGGAAACUAUUAUGAAUAUAAAUGCUAAGCUAUUGGCUCAAGGUCUUAAGCAGCAAGAACUUAUUUUGAAAGUUGGUUCCAUUUAUUUGAAAAAAGCACUUUAGAAUAAUUAAUCUUACAUGGAUUAAGCGCUAUUAAGAAAGCAAUCAUGGAAGAUGAAGAGUAAUUGACAUUUCUAUACUUUUAAAUAGAUUAAAUGAAAAAAAUGUAGAAGUUGGAAUUUUAGGUAAAAAUCUGAAAUUUACACAUUUAAAUGCACAAGAAUUAAAAGAUUAUAUAGCUAAGUUAGAAACCUUUAGUCCAAAUUCUUAAAUUCAGCAGGAGUGA